GUUUGUUUACAUGUUUUUUAUAUAUGGGGCAUCAAUUUCUGGGUGGAAGUAUUGUAGACCACUGAUUGCUGUUGAUGGAACAUUUCUAAAAAAUAAAUAUAGAGGUGUUCUAUUAGUGGCUGUUACCAAAGAUGCAAAUAACCAUAUUUUUCCUAUAGCUUUUGGAGUAGUGGAUAAAGAGAAUAAUGAAUCAUAUGAAUGGUAUUUCAGGGAAUUAAGAAAAGCAAUUGGGAUUCGUAAUGAUUUAAUGUUCUUGUCAGAUCGACACAAGGCUAUUGCAAAUGGAAUUGCAAAGGUUUUCCCUGAGUGCUACCAUGGAAUUUGCAUCUAUCAUUUAGAAAAGAAUCUGAAGCAAAGAAGAGUGAGAAACACUGUGAUAAAUCUCUUUCAAAGUGCUGCAAGAGUAUACCUUCAAUCAGAAUUUGAUGACUUCAUGUCCCAAAUAGCUGCUGUUGAUAAGAAAACUUUCAAUUAUUUGAUGGAGGAACCGCCAGGAAGGUGGGCUCGUUCACAUUGUCCCAGAAGAAGAUAUGAUAUGUUAACAACAAAUAUUGUUGAGUCAAUGAAUAAUGUUUUAAGACGUUCAAGAGAAUUGCCAAUUUUAACAAUGAUGGAUUUCAUACAAGAAAAAUUGCAAAGCUGGUUCUAUGAAAGAAGGACACUUGCAGAAGGAAUAUUCCGUGAUAUAUCAAAUUGGGCAGAAGCAACAUAG